GGUAAAGGCGUUGCGUUAGUCUGCAAUUUAUAUAUUUUUUAUUUUAUUCAUAUUUUGUAGCUUUUUUUUCUUAUAAACGCAUCUGGAUGUAGGCUAUAAACGCCGCUGCAGCCAACGGCAAAACUAAUUCUUAGAAAUGUUGGUUUAAUGUAGAAGAGGUUAUGAAUACUAAAGAGAUUAUUCAUUAUGCUACACAAAUAGAGAAGCUGCACAACGAUGGCAGCUAUGAAGAUACUAUAUCAUUAUUGACAGACUUGAGCAACACAUGUGUCACGUUAGAGCAGAUGCAGACUACAGACAUUGUUAAGGUCCUUUAUAAACUACUUAAGUUCUGUCCCGUUGUAAGUGCUAGAACAAUAGCAAAGGGCUUGCUGUCAAAAUGGAAGAAGUUGCACAAAUUGUCAUCUGUGCUGAAAAAUAAUAACAAAGACAUGUGGGAAGACAAGGAACUAGAAACACUUGACCUGCCUAAUGUAGAAAUGUCCUUAAAAAUUCCAUCUGUAACCAAUGGAUCUCAGCAUUUAAAUGAAAAGGGGAAUGAGAAUCAAGCGUUUAAGUGCAACACAGAUCAACAUGAUAUAACAAAGGAUGUAAAGCAGGACAAUUGUGAUUCAUGCUUAAAUAAAACGUCUUCUGAAAAGCCUUGUCCAGCAAAAGAAGCUGCAGAAUCUGUUCAUCUACAAUGUGAGGAAGAGAGUAUCACUCAAGCUGCAGCAUCACAUAGUAGAUCUAACACAGAGAAAGAUUUUCAAACCUCAGUUCUUCUAAACACCAGUCAGCCUAGCACUUCCUCUGACUCUAUGGCAUUGAGAUCCAAAUGUGUCCAUUUGAUUCUCCAGGCUCUUACGUUAAAUCAGCAAAUAGACUCUGAUUUUAUGGAUAAACGCAAAGCCCUUGCUGAGGACAUUGAAGCACAUGUUCAGGCUCUUCAUGGACGAAACCAGCUUAAGUACAAGUCCUGCAUCAGGAGCAAGGUGGCCAACCUAAAGAACCCAAAGAACCCUCAUCUGUGCCAGGGCCUUAUAUCAGGACAUCUAACUCCAGAAGCAUUUGUCCGGAUGUCUGUGGAGGAAAUGGCAGGAGAGGAACUUCGAAAGAUUAGAGAAGGUUACACAACUAUGGGCAUCAGUGAGCACCAGUUACCAGAGGCAGUGGAAGGGACACCCACAAAUAAAGUUCGCUGUAGGCGCUGUGAGAGUUUGGACUGCAGGGUGACACAGAUCUCACGAGGGACACUCUUCUUGCCAUCCUGGGUACGGAGUGGAAGUGCUGAUGAUGAUUCGAUGACUUUUAUGACGUGUACUAAUUGUGGAGAGCAGUGGUACCAUAGCAGCUGGGUUUGCCUUUGAGCAAGUGUAUAUGUAUAGAUAACUGUAAUAAAGAUGAAUAGCAGUACUAUUUGAUCUUUUUGUGCACAGUUAAACAUUUUUUUCAGUUUUUUUUUUCAGUUUUUAUUUCAGUUAGAUCAACUUACUUGUGUCCUUUGGUGCCGUGGCAUGAACCCUCAUAAUUCAUUUAGGUAAGAUACUUAAAUGCAUAGUUUUUAGUGCAGAAAACACACUUUUGCACUAGGACCAUCAAAACACUGCAACACAUUUUUUUUAAAAAAAAGAAAUAUAACCAUUCAAAAUGUUAGACCAUUCAGGUUUAUUUUGACCUGGGUAUCAACUGAGGCACAUGAUGUUAUGAAGAUUUAUUUUUGAUCUAUGAGUUAGAUUCUCGAAAAUAAUUUUGUAAAAUAUCUUUAGCCUUUUUACAAACACAUUUUAUAUCUUACAAACACACUUUGAAAAGGGUUCAUAUUAAUGAACUGUUCUAGAAAAAUCUGUCUUUGUCAUAUGAAAGCAAAGGUUUUUGCAAUUAAAUACAUCUUGUUCUAGAAUAAUUCUAAAGUCAUGUUUAUUUUUUUAUUUUAUCUUGUCUUGUUUGAAAAAUAUGUAGAUUUCCUAAUUUUAUCAAUUCAGUUUUU